GUCGGUGUCAGGCGUCAUGAGUGAUCGAUGAGGUGUCAAGCGUAGUUUGCCAAAAGCUUUGCUACGAUGAUCCACUGGGCUGUAAGAUUACUAUUUGUAUUAAGCACGAUUGUUCACAUUGCUACAAUUCGAACAAAGUGCUUUGAACAAAAAUGCAUCAUUUUGGACUUUAAAUCGCAUGUUGAUGCGUUCGUAUUUCAGUACAUUCCAAAACACUUGAUCUUCUUAAGCAUGGAGAAUAUGUUGCUGGAGCACCUCGAUCAGACAGUUAUGCAGAUAUUGCCUAGCUUCGUCACACAUGUAGACGUCAGAAACUCUCCCGCUUUGAAGUGGAUCGAUGUUCCAAAUGCGCUUGUGCGCCAACCGGGAGCUCACCACCGUGAUCCUAACGAACAACAAGAUACGCUACGUCGUCAAUACCGCAACGCAGCAUUGCCCGAUCUACGAUUCUCUCGCUGCACUUUCGUUGCAAGCAAACAUGCUUAAAACGGUCAACAUCGAGCUGUUCGAUGUGUUUGUCCAAUUGAACAGUUUAUUUCUGCACAGGAAUAGAAUAAAAUCAAUAGCGGGACGGUUGGUGCACGAUGCCUUGCUGCAGCUGAGGCUUGAAAACAACAAGCUGGCCGGUUUGGAUAUGUGUCACUGGCAUGUACCUGCAAUUCUGCUGGUUACGUUUAUGGACAACCCGAUGAAAACCGUUCCCGAAUGUUUAAAUAAUUUGCAAAACUUCACCACCAUAGCUGGUCUAUAAUCGGGUUUAAGACGA